UUUGUUAAUAAUAAACGUAUGCGAAAAAUAAUUAGUUAGAAGCGCGAUAUUAUCAGAGCAACAGACGUAGCAAAUAAGCAACGUGUAAACAAAUCAAUGGUGCUUUGACAGGAGAAAGGUGCCAUAAAAAGAUAAAGCAAUAACACAAUAAACAGAGAAGCAGCCAGAAAGGGCUGUAUUCUUACUUGAUAAAACGGUUUUUCGAGUAAAAAACUAUUUAUAUAUCACAGAUCACAGAAUAUUCCUUUUCUGUUUCACAAUUAUUCUUAAAAGAUGAAAAAAAAAUCGGAUUAUAGAAAAAACAUAUCAUAUCAUGAUCUACAUAUAUUAUACAAAAAGUAGGCACACCAUCUAACCGAGUUAUCCAAUUACGAGCUUGCUCUCGAGGGGAUGCGAGGACGUAUUCAUUAACUAAAAAACGAUUUCUUCACUUACAACAGUGAAGAAAACUACGUUUGCUUGCUAAGAUCUGGGAGCAUUUAUUUAUCGUAUCCAAGUUAACGAACGAUGGGGCUACACUUAAGAACCUGCGGAAAUGAACCAGCAAAAAGCAAUGGAAAAACCGGGAGACCGGAAAAAAAAGGUAAACCGGUCUCUAAUUGAAUGUAUUUUUUAAGUUCGAGGACUGAUACUUGUACAGGGAGUAGAGGACGCAAAAAGCUAAGCUUGUGUCAAAGUACGGAGUGACUUGAAGUAUAUAAAGAUAAAGAAACCAAACAGUCAAGACGGGAAUAUCAGAUUACGGCGUCUUCUAGAAUUGAUUCAAGGCAAGUGACUAAAUUAUCUUAUUCAGAGAUCAAUAAGUUAUUGGGGAAAGCAGUCAUGAUGGGGAGUAACAACAGUACGAAGUCGCAGCCUGAGGAAUACGUCGUGUACAACUUAAUAAUAGAUGGAAGCACUGGAGUGAAAAUCGCUUUCCACGUCUUCACAAUCUCCGUCCUCGUCGCCACGCUAUGCGGAAACACCAUCGUUAUUUCCCUCGUCCUCUUUGACAAACACCUGCGCAACUUUUUCAACAUGCUGAUUCUGAAUCUCGCUGUGUCAGAUUUGCUUUGUGGGCUCUUCGCUGCGUUGUUUUACAGUGGAAUGAUCAAAAGUAUUAUUAAGGAGAGCCCUAUGGGGGAUCUAGAAGUGGUGGCAUGCCGUGCAGUUCUUUGCGCAUCAGGAAUAUCAUCCAAAGUCUCCAUCAUCACCAUUGCCACCAUCUCUGUAGAGCGUUACGUGGUGGUAAAACACCCCUUGAGAUCGCGAGUGAGGAGGCUGAGUGUGGCAAGGGUAGUGGUGGGUAUCUGGUGCCUGGGACUAGUGGCUUCCACGCCUUCGACCAUAUACUUCACCAACCAGCACCGCAGUCACCGCGAGCAAAGAAUGCUGUCGUGCUACCAGGUGACGUCGGCGGAGCUGCCCUCGCAGGUCAGCGUGGCGGCAGAACUCGCGUUCAGUUUCCUCGUGCCUAUGGCCGUCAUUCUCUACACGUCUUGUCAGAUCAUCAAAGCUCUCUGGUGCCAACAAGCGGUCCAAGGCGCAAACCUUGUGGUACUCCGUGCACGAAGGCAUGUCACUAAGAUAAUUAUCAGUGUGGCUGUGGCUUUUGAUACAUUCUACCUGCCAUGGGCAAUCCUGAUGAUUCUGCUACUAACUAAGAGAAUGAAUAUAUUGAACGAUUUACCAAUGGCGGUAAUGUAUGUAGUUACACUUUGUAGCUCUUGUGCAAAUCCAAUCCUUUACUUGAUUAAUAGCAGGAGGUUUAGGACGCGCAUGAGAAGAUUACUAUGUUGCGAAUGAAAGAAUAUUAGACUGAUACAAUAUACUGAAGGCAGUAAAAACUUUAGGAAUC